GAAAACAAAAUGGUGGUCAUGUGUCUGUAAGGUGAAUACGGCUUAUUCUGUAUCGAUAUUAUUAACUUAACAAUCUAAACGAGCCACUAGUUAGUUAGUCAUUCAUGAAAAGACACACGAUUGAACAUUUUAAGUGAUUAUUGAGAGGAUUUAAUGGAGUUUAUGCCAACAAAGAUGAGUGUUUGUAGCCUUGCCUGUUGAAGGGAGUACUUCUUUGGUAAAGGAUCAGAAGACUAUAACUUUUGAUUUAUAGAAGACGGAAAUAAUUGCUAGCUUGGAAUACAAUGCAAAUACAAAACGUGGAAGCUUUGAAGUCUUGGUUGACAGCACGACUGGAACCAAUAUGCGAUGCUGACCCUGCUGCAUUAGCCAAAUAUGUGGUGGCUUUAGUCAAGAAAGACAAAGCUCCUGAAGAACUCAAGCAUGUGUGUAUAGAUCAACUUGAGGUGUUUUUGUCAGAUGAAACAAACAAAUUUGUAGAAGUUUUAUUUGAGUCACUUGAAAGUCAAUCAUAUUUGCCUCCAUCAAUUGUGGAACCAACCAAAACACCAGAAAAAAUAAGAAAGCCAUCAGUGUCAGAUGAACUUAAUACCAGCAAGUUAUUAGCUGAUUCUUCAGUGCCUGAUGAUGAUGAACGAGAUUUCCGAAGAACAAGAAAAAAUACAGAUUCAAGUACCAGUUCUGGAACAAAAGAAUCCCAGACCACAGGCGAUAAAGGCAGAAAGAGAAGAGCUGAAGAUGAAGGUGGUAGAUUAGAUGAAGCUAAGGUUGCUAAAGAUGAACUUGGUGGCUCAAUACCAAAGAAACCAGACUCUGAUGACACGGAGGUGAAAAGAAAUGGAGGCUCACAGUCAAUCCCUACCAGUCAAGCAUCAAGAGAAAGUAGUACAAGAGAAAGAAGAUAUCAAAAUAGAAGGGAUUUUAACUCAAGAAGUGAUGAUGAAGGCAGAUUUAGAAGAGGUGGUGGGCCGCUUUGGAGCCAUCGAGGGCGUGGGUCCGAUAGGGGCCGUGAUGAGAGAUCUGGGCGUUUAAGGGAGCAUAGAGAAAGGGAUAGACAUUAUGAUGCAAAUCAAAGAUUUGGACACAGAGAAAGAGGCGGAAGAAACAGAUGUAGAGAUUAUGAAGAAAAAGGAUUCUGUAUCAUGGGAGAACUGUGUCCAUUUGAUCAUGGUAAUGACCCAGUCGUCAUCCAAGAUAUGCCGAUGCAAGGAAUGAUUCCAGGAUUUCCUCCUGCUGCACCCUUUAUCCCUGGAGGACCACAUCCUCUCAGUGGGUUACCUGUGCCACCACCUAUUCUACCCUCAGUACCUACAGCACCCCCAGUACAAGGACCUCCAAACCAACCACCACCCCCUGGAACCAUACCAAAGACAUCCGAAGGAAAAGACUCCCCUAAAGGUCAAAAGGCAGAUUCAUCUAAAGCUGGCUCUGAGAAAGAAACUGGACCAGGUCCUGGUCUUCCUGUAUCUAGUAUUCAACAACCCAUAGUCAGACCACCGCCGCCAGUUGUCAUGCCGAUUGAGAGACCACCAUUUAUUCCAAUGCAUAGACCUAGGCCACCUUUCCCUCCACCUGAAGAUUCUUAUAAUCCAGAGCAGCCUCAGUUUGAACGGUUUCCAGUAUGGAUGCGUAUUGGCACUCCAGGUCCUGGCAUGCCUCCUGUUCCUUAUAAUCCUGAUUUAGCUAUGAGAUCAAGAGAACUGGUCAAUGUUCCACCAAGCCAUUCACAACUGACUGUACAAGUGACUACAGACAAGCCCUCUGGAGAGAGCAACAGAGUUGUUAUUGGACCAGAAGCUGUAAAACAAGUAUCAGAACAAGACCAAUCCAAUAAUACUAAACCCAAAGCAGGCUGGAAGAGAUUCAAUGACACUAUUGAACUGAAAAAGAUACCAAGAGAAUUAAAUAACAUCACAAAACUCAAUGAACAUUUCCAAAAAUUUGGAAAUAUUGUCAAYAUUCAGGUUAAUGCAUUUGGUGAUAGUGAAGCAGCACUUAUCAAGUUCUCCAACCCGUCAGAAGCUAAAGCGGCAUAUAGCUGCCCUGACGCUGUACUUGGAAACAGGUUUAUACGUGUCUUCUGGCAUCAACCUGACAGAGAAAAUCAGCCAUCCUCCACCAAGGGUUCUGCUCAAGCAAGUGCAGAAGCUAAGAAGGUGCCUCAAAAACCAACAAUGUUCCAGAGUGGAAAAACCACUUUCGUAAGACAAGAAAAACCAGCCAUUACUGCCGUGACACCAGCAGCAACAGCAGCAACAACUGUAGCAACAUCUACAACAGUAACAGCACCAACAUCUGAAUCUAAAGAAAAACCAGCAACAGUAACAACAACUGCAACUUUAACUACAGCUACAACAACCUCCUCUACUACAACUAGUGUUGUAAGUACUCCAGCUACUGAGAUGAAAACAACUGUGCCACCAUCAAAGCAACAACAAAGACAGGAUAUAAUGAAGAAAAAACUUGAAAUUCAAAAGCAAAAGCAAGAACUCCUUGACAAGCAAAUUCAGCAGCAAAAGCUUCUUAUUUCUAAACUUGAAAAGAAAAACCUUUCAGCUUCAGAGAAAGAGGACAUAAUGAAGACCUUAAAAUCUUUAAGCAAGAACAUAGAAGGCAUCAAAAAAGAGAUUGAAUUGGCUGCAAUGACUGCAAAGUCCAAACAGAGUCCAUCGCAAGCAAGAGAGCUGGCCAAAAAGGCUAUUCUUGAUCAAGAACUGGACCUCAUAACUUAUCAACACAGUGGUGAAGACACAUCAGAACUGAAGAAAAAAGUAGAGGAACUCAAACAAGAGGCCAAGUCCUUGGGUCUUUUUGAUGCUCCUGCCAAAGGAAGAGGCAUCAGUCUCCUAAGAGGACGAGGGAUUAGCUAUCCAAGAGGACGUGGACAAGGAAGAGGGCGUGGCAGAGGGCAUGCUAUGCAGAGUGCAAGAGUCUGGACAAAAGAGAGUGCAGCACUGGAUAUGAAUUUAAAGCAGCUUUGUGUAGCCAAUGUUAAACCAGAAGACAAAGAAACCAUUAUUGAGCACUUUAUGGAAUUUGGUAAUGUGGAUCGUGUUGAGUAUGAAAAAGACAAGAGUAACCUGACCUUAACAUUCAGGACAAAAAAAGAAGCUGAAAUUGCCUUCAAAGCUAAGAAGCUCAAAGACAGAAUGCUAGAAUUAUCCUGGAAAGAGCUGCCUGUUCCUACUCCUGUUGUUACAACAUUGCCAAUUACACCAACAGCAUCCACACCAGCACCACGAUCUCGUAGCUCAACCUUGAGCUCUAGCAAGCUAGAUGAAGAGCUAGCCCUGGAUCUUGAAGGGGAAUUGGAAAAACAUGAAUUGGACCAUGAUGAAGAUGAUGAAGCAUUGUUGCUCGGUGAUGACCUCGAUGAAGAAGAAGAAGACGAAGAAGACAGAUCAUGGAGAAGAUAACUAGCUAAUCAUCAUCUGCCAAUCCGCCAUGAAACAAAGUGAUUUUUAGAUAUGUUGAUAAGUUUCUUAACCAGUGUGUAACACUCUGUGACUGCAAAGCAGAGGUGCUUGCUUGUAUUCAUUAUUAAGUAGUUUUGACAUUUAAUAUUUUAGUAGCUUGGCUGAUCAUUAAGUUAAUCCUUAGCUUAUACUACCUGGGAUGAUUGAUUAAGUAGGAAAUACUUUAACUCCAAGCUUCAAGUAUUCCAAACUGUAACUACGUUCUACUAAAUCAGUCAGUGCACGGACUGUGUAUCCCAGUUGUAAUAGUCACAAUGGUGAUGAUACACCUUUAUUCAUUAGUUAUCUGUAUUUUAGAAUAUGAUUGUAAAGUUACUGUAAUAUUGGACAUUGAAAAACAUCAAAAGAAAAAGUGAAUAAAAGAAAAACAGAGAGAGUGUGAUGACAAAAGAACAUUACUAUAAAAGAUGGUAUGAAAAGAAGCCACUUGCUCUUACUGAGGCAAAAAAUAUUACUGACUACAAAAAAAAAAAAAA